AUGUCUUUUUGGACCCACGAGAGAGCUACAAAUGUCAUUGAAGUUACCGCUGAUAAUUUCAUCAUCGAUCUAUCAACUGACUUAUGUAUAUUACUUUGGUCGGAAUUUUCCGAUUAUCGUACACCGGAAAUUAAACCGCAACUAGUAGUGGAUAAUAGCAGAAAACAAAGACUUGCUCAAGGUAUUGAUGAACCUUUUUGUGGUAGUUGUUACGGAGGAGAGGCACCAGAAAGUGGAUGUUGUAAUACAUGUGAUGAAGUAAGUGAAGCAUAUAUUAAAAAAGGGUGGUCAUUUAAUGAUCCUGAUAGUAUUAAUCAGUGUGUAGAAGUAGGGUGGAAAGAAAAGGUUCUAGUUCAAUCAAAAGAGGGUUGUAAUGUAGCGGAUAGCGUAAGAGUAAAUAAAGUCGCUGGCAAUUUUCAUUUAGCUCCUGUACAAGGUGCUGUAAAUCCGUUAGAUCGUAUUGGCAGAACUGUUUCUCAAUUAGUUGAAGGUUUAAUUGAAGUUGUAAGUAAGGUUCAGAAUCGAAAGUUGGAAUCGCCAAUGUCGAAAGUCGAUUAUGUCAAUUCUGAAGAAUCUGUUUUGUUGGAAUUAACUCUUCGGAAUUUUAUGAUCAUUCGGACUCACACUGAAGCUAUGGAAGCUAAGGAAAAGAAAAGUAUAUUAACAUUUGAUUUAGAUC